AUGAGCAAACCCAGGGAAAUCACAGGACGAAGGGACUCCAUUGCUAAACUCACACGCUCACUGUUUAACUCCAGACAGAAUUCGCCACGCUCAUAUUCCGCCUCGAAUCUGUAUCAAAGAAAUACUACUUUUCUCAACCUGAACGGAACUCCUGUGCUGCUCUCUUCUGAGAAUGUCUUAGAAGACUCCAGCAGCGACGGUCACGAGCCUGAACACAAUGAACCGGACUUGGCUCUGGGUAUGAAAGAUCCCAAGGUUCUUGAAAACGUGGCUAAACACCUUAAGACUUCUGAAAGGGAGGGUCUCACCUCUGAAGGUGGUGACAUAACCAGAGCCAUAUACAAACUAGGCAGCGAGAACAAGCCGGGCCUUAAGAGAUCAAAGUCAGAUACCCUGGUUGAAGCAAGGUCAAGAAGGGCCUCGUGUGCAUCCAGUUUGAACGUUCCUGGAGGCUUUAGAAGACAAUUCGUCAUAGCCAACAGAAAGAGAACACCUAAUCUCGUCACCAGAAACUUUGUUGAGUUUUUGAGUAUCUACGGACACUUUGCAGGUGAGAAUUUGGAGGACGACGAUGACGUGGCCUGCCACUACGAGGCAUACACGCCCUUUGGAGAAGACACGCCGUUACUUCCAGAUGGCAUCAAUCCUAACGGAACAGCUUCCAACAAAAAGGCAUACUUCUUGCUAUUGAAGGCAUUUGUUGGAACAGGCGUGUUAUUUUUGCCAAAAGCAUUCUCAAGCGGUGGCCUCGUAUUUUCCGCUUUGACGUUGUUCUUCUUUGGUCUUCUUUCCUUCUGGUGUUACUACAUUUUGGUACAAUCCAAGGUGGCCACCAAGGUGACAGGGUUUGCAGAAAUUGGCCUCAAGACGUAUGGCGUCACUCUUCAACGGUUGAUUCUUUUCCUGAUUAUCAUUUCACAAGUUGGUUUCGUGGCAGCCUACAUUGUGUUCACCGCAGAAAACCUUAGAGCAUUCUGUGUCAACAUUUCAUCUUAUAAAACUGAGGAUCUUGACAUUUUUUGGUUUGUCUCGUUGCAAGCUAUAGUGUUGGCUCCUCUUUCCUUGAUUAGAGACAUCACUCGUCUCUCACUUUCAGCACUCGUGGCCAAUGUCUUCAUUUUUGCAGGCUUGGCCACCAUCCUUUACUACACCAUGAGACAGUUUAUCCAGAACAACUUUGCUCCUGGAGAAGGCAUCCACUUUCUCUUUAAUAAGUCAGAGUCGUCCUUGUUUAUUGGUGUGGCCAUUUUUGCAUUCGAGGGUAUCGGGCUCAUCAUACCUAUACAAGAGUCCAUGAUAUACCCAAGAACUUUCCAAAACAUUUUCGUGUUCAUUGGCUCCAUUGGCUACCUCACGUAUGGUAAGGAUAUUGAUACCGUCAUUCUCCUUAACCUCCCUCAAAAGUCGCCCACGGUGAUCAUGACCCAAGUGCUCUACGCAUCUGCCAUUCUCUUGUCGACACCAAUUCAGAUUUUCCCAGCAGUCCGUCUCAUCGAGCUGAAGUGCUUUCUGCCCCAUAAAUCAGGGAGAACAUCAUCCAACAUCAAAUGGCAGAAAAACCUCCUCCGUGUUCUCUUUGUCUUCACGACAGCCACCAUUGCAUUGUACGGAGGGAAGAAUCUCGACAAGUUCGUGUCGUUUGUCGGUUGCUUCGCCUGCAUUCCGUUAGUCUACAUGUACCCACCAAUGUUGCACCUCAAGACCUGUUGUCAGCAAGAAUGUGAAGACUGCUUCAUCAUCAAGCCUGACCCCGAGGCCACCAAAAAGAAGUGGUUGGCUCGCCUUGACUAUACGCUCAUCUUCCUUGGAGCAUUGGCCGUGGUCUACACCACGUACGACAUCUUGACCCACUAA